UUAAAAAAACUAAAACAUAAACAACCUUGACAGCUGUCACAUAAACACCAAAUUCAAAGUAAAUCCCAUUUUUUUCUUUUAAUUAUGUGUUAAAAAAGCAGAUUAAAAAUGUUGGACUGGUUAUCGAAUUAUUCAAGUUUGGAACAAAUGGCCAUUGCGGCCGUAAUCGUAUUCCUGACGGUUGUUAUUGCCGAAAUCGUCGAUUAUUCACGAAUACUAACGUCGUUGGAAAGUGCAAAUCCAGCCGCGAAGAUACAAUACGGAUAUGAUUCGCAUAACGGUCCGGUUUGUUGGAAAUUAAAUUUCCCCGAAAGCAAAGGAAAACAACAAUCUCCGAUUGAUAUUUUAACAAAGAUCGUUGCUUGUGUGCCGGCUGAAACGCAAAAACCGUUAAAGUUUUCUAUGGAGUAUUAUGGUAUCCCGACAUCGAUGGUUCUUGUAAAUGAUGGGCAUUGCUUGAAUUUAUACGGUUGUUGGCCAUCAAAUCGGUACCCAAAAAUUUCCGGGGGUUCCCUUCACGACACCUAUAGAUUCGAUAGUAUUCGAUUCCGUUGGGGACCAAGUGACGAUGAAGGAUCGGAACACACAAUUGAUUCGAUUAGAUUUGCAAUGGAAAUUCAAGCGAUGCACAUAAAACGCGAUAAAGCUUGUUUCGAUUUAACUCAAGCCGCUCAAAGUCACUCGGUUAUGGGAAUAAGUUAUCUUUUUCAAGUUACUCCGAUUGAUAAUCCGUAUUUAGAACCGAUUUUAGACAGUUUAAAAGACGUUCAAGAACCGAAUUCGACCUGCCCGAUUGAGCCGUUUCCUUUAUCUUGGUUAACACCGCCGUUUUCUUCUAAAUACUUUAUGUAUUUAGGCUCAUUAACGUUUCCACCUUGCUCGGAGAACGUUGAAUGGUUAGUUUUAUCGGAACCUUUAAGUAUCUCGUCGAGGCAAUUAAGAAAAUUUAGGAAAUUAUGUUCGGUCGAUGGGCAAAUGAUUUGUAACACCAGGCCGGUGCAAGAAUUAAAUAAUCGAUGCGUUUGUUUUUAUGAUUGAGAGAAAGGAUUUUCGAAGAUAUUUGAUGGAAAUUUGAGUUAGGAAUUAAUGUUUAUUUAAUUAAAAUCGAUUUUAAAGUUAAGCAAUAUAUUUGUUUUUGAACAUUAA